UGCAGCUCCCACACUUGCAGCCAGCAGCACCUAGCAGAUACUCUGGACCUCACGCCAGGGGUCCUCAGCCUGCAGCAGCACCCCAGUCUCCGCAACCUGUCAUCCUGAGGGACCCAGAAACAUGAGCUCCCUGUUUAAGAAACGGACCAUUGCCAAGUACAGCCCAAACGCCGUGCUGCCCAAAGCGGUCUCCAACAAGGAACUGUCCGAGCUCAUCGACCGACUCCAGAAAAAUGCCGACCAGGUGGAACGGAACGUGGUGGACGUCGAUUCUAAGCUGCAGAAGGAUGUGGAUAAGAUUGUCUCCUCCCAGCCUGUAAUGUACAAGGACAAUACGGCCCAAACCAUGAUGGACUCUGAGAGGCUGAUAUCUGUUCUGGAGACUGACGCGCUUCUGGCGCGCCAACUCAGUCAUCCACAGGGUGACAUGAUCCAAGAAGACAUCCGGCAGCUGAAGGAGCGUAUAAUAAACCAAAGAGCGAAGCACAACCAGAUUUACAAUCAGAAGAUUCCUACACUGGAUGCCCCGAAAGUCAACUGGAACAAAGUCAUCGAUGAUAAGAUGGACACGCUGAAUAGCGCAGGCUUUGCCACGGAUCUACCCAACGUAGAGAACCAGAUCAUGGAUCACAACAUGUUCCACAAUGAGGUCAAGGUGAUUGGAGAUCAUGUGAACAAGGACAGUGACAAGGAGUACAUCAGCGGAAUGCAAGUUAAAUACCAGAAGCUUUCGAGUGCGUCCCAGAAGCGUCAGAGGGACUUGAACACCCUGCAGGAUUACAUGCAGCGCUGCACCAACGAGCUCUAUUGGCUGGACCAGCAAGAGAAGGAACGCAUGGAGUACGACUGGAGCGAUCGCAACACUGACUAUAUCAGUCGUCGUAGGCAGUAUGAGAACUUUAUCCAAAGGAGUCUGGAAGCUAAGGAACAUGAGGUCAAUAAACUGCAGGAGGAGGGGGAUAAACUGCUGGCUGAAGGACACCCAGCAAAGAUCCCUAUAGAGGCUCACAUGGAUGCUGUACAUGCUGACUGGAAAGAGUACCUCAACCUCCUGAUCUGUGAGGAAAGCCACCUGAAGUACAUGGAGGACUAUCACCAGUUUUUCCGAGAUGCCAAGGACACUCAGGAUCUUCUGAAGAAAGUGGAUGGUGAUCUGGAGCACAAGUAUAACCCAGACUUCAAGGACAAAUACCAGAUUGAGGCUCAGCUACGUGAGCUAGAGGACCAGGACAAGGCUCUGGAUAAAUACGACGAGGUUGUGCGUUCCCUGCAAAAGCGCAGUAACCAGGUGCUUCCGCUGAAGUUCCGCCGAGAGACUCCACUGAAACCCAUCCCAGUGGAAGCUCUGUGUGAUUUUUACACAGAUGAGGAUCAGAUUACCCGAGGGGCACUGUACACGCUGAAGGCCAACAGGGGGGAGAAAUGGGAGGUGACCGAUAGCAGUGGAAAGAAACUGGUGGCUCCCGGGGUUUGCUUCACCAUCCCCCCAACCGACCCAGAGGCUCUGGGUCUCGCGGAGAGUAUCUCCAACCAGUACCGAGCCACCAAGCAGAAAGCAGCGGGCUGUAAGAAUUCUUUGGUCCAGCGCCUGGAUGACCUGAAUAGAGAGUCUAAAGCUACCAUCAAUGCUCAGGAUUCCCAGGGACGCCAGCACCUCGCUGGGCUGGACAAAGUCAUCACUGACCUAGACAGACAGGAGAAGGCCAUCAGUUCCCACCUACGGCCACCCCUGGAUCAGAACCGUGCCGUGCAAGACAGCUCAGAAAGGCUUAAAGAUCUCAAGAAUAUCGCCAAUAAUGUGCACCGCGUAGAGCCUGAGAAAAAUCAACAAGUGCAAGAUUGCGAGGUCUAUCUUUCCAAGGCCCCGGCGGUCUCCAACGCACCCAUCCUACGUAGCAAAGUCAACGAGACUAACAAGAAAUAUGAGAAAGUCAACGACCUCCUGUCAUAUGCGCAAGACAAGGUUGAAGCUUCCAACCGCCUGGAGAACAGCUUGCAGAAGAGCAGAGACCUUCUUACCACUUAUGAAACCAAGUUGAGCCAGGAUGACACUGUACCGGAAGACCCACGAGAUGUGAAUAAGAAACUGCAGGAGUUGUCGGCCAUGAGCUCGGAGCUACAGAUGGGGAGAGGCAUUCUUGCCGAAGCUGAGCAGAACCUGCACAACUCUAAACUGAGCUGCAAUAAUCUCGCUAACCGCUUCCAGGAGCACUGUCCUGAUAUUGACCGCCAGGAGGCAGAGGUGUCAAAGCUUAACCAGCGUUACUCCCAGUUAGACCAGCAGAUUCAGAGCAGGUCGCAGGGCCUGCAGAAAAGCAACACUGCCUAUUCUAACUACCGAAGCAGCUACGACCACCUGGAUCAGUGGCUACGCAACAUUCCCAACUAUGAGCCGAAGGACACAGACAGUGUCAAGCAAGUGGAGGGCAAGCUAAAUAGCCAACGGCUCCUGUUGGGUGAGAUCACGGACCGAGAGCAGGACUUGGAACAUGUGACCAGCAGUGCUCGGCAGUACCAGCAAGCAGUGAAAGAUUAUGAGCUGGACGCGGAGAAACUGAGGUCUAUUCUGGAUACGGAGAACAGGAGGAAUUCAUACACUAAGCGAGCAAAAUUGCUUUCUCCCGCCAGCAAGGUGAAGGACGAGGAGGCUGAUUUGUCCGCUAGAUUUACAGAGGCCAGCGCUGUCAACAAACAGAGGCUGCAGACCCUGGAAUUUGCACAGAGUCUUCUACGUCAGCAGCCAGAAGCGGAAAUACGCAAUGAGACAGUAUCUACGACCCGGGCGGGAAAACCUGCCGAAGAGACCUGGAAAAUCAAAAAUAUGUUGGAUGACGAGGUGCAGCGUCAGCAGCAACUGAACUCAGAGAUCGAGAGCAUUCAACAAGAGAUCAUCUUUCUUCAGAACCAAAAACCGCAAGAGACCAUAGUGAAAAAGGAAGUAUUGAAAAAAGUUCCGGACCCACACCUGCAGGAGGAGUACCAAAAGGUCCUUGAGAAAGUUUCAGAAGAACAACGCAAGAACAAAUCUUUGCAGGAUGAGCUGGAUUCCCUGAGGCUGAAAGUCCGGACUUUAGAUUUUGAGCAGAAGGAAGGUGGGCAGCAGUAUGUAGUCAAAGAGGUGUUGAGGAUUGAGAAGGACAAAGAGCAGCAGGAAGAGUUCUUGAGGCUCAAAGAAGAGUUGGAGGAGUUAAACAGGCAGAAGGGGACCAAGCAAAAUGAGAUUGCCAGCCUGAAGGAACGCAUCCUUAUCUUGACAGAAGAAAAGAACAAGCCUCAAGAAAAGAUCACAGAGAAGGAAGUAGUGAAGCUUCAAAAUGAUCCUCAGCUGGCUUCAGAAUACAGAACGCUUCAGGAUAAUAUGCAGAGAGAGAGUGCACAGCGGCAGAAAGAGGAGGAGGAGCUAAAACUGCUCCAAGAGAAACUGAAACGCUUGGAGAAAGAGAGAGCUAUGGCUGAAGGCAAAAUCAUGGUAAAGGAAGUGUUGAAGGUAGAGAAGGACGUCGCCGCUGAGAGAGAGGUAGCUGAUCUCCGUAGGCAGUAUGAAGAGGAGACCUCACAGAUACGAAUAACCCAACGUGAAAAAAAUGAGCUGAUUCGCAAAAUUACCAUUUUGGAGGAGGAGAAUGCCAAGGUUGUAGUCCAGGAGAAAGUGCGUGAGAUCAUUCGUCCAGACCCGAAAGCUGAAAGCGAGUUGGCCAAUCUACGCCUUGAACUGACUGAGCAAGAGAGGAAGAAUCGCGCCAGCGAAGAGCAAGUGAAGAUUUUCCAAAGUGAGCUAGCAGCCAUAAAAGCUCGUGGGCCGCAAGUGGAAGUGAAGGAGAUAACAAAAGAAGUGAUUAAGCAUAAAACAGAUCCAGAAGUCUUAGCAGAACUGGAGAGGCUUCGUGGGGAAAUCCUGGAUAAAAACAGAGUAGUAGAACGCUCAGAACUGGAGAUCACUCAGCUUAAGCAGGAGAUACAAAGUUGGAUAGAUACCAAACCCCAAGUGCAAAUUAAAGAGGUAGUUCAAGAGGUCCUGCAAUAUCGUGAAGACCUUGCUACCAAAAAUGAAGUGGAAACCUUGAAAGCCAAACUGGCUGAAGAACAGAAGAAGCGCAUGGAUCUGGAACGGGAAAGAAUGGUGCAAGAAGAAAAAAUAAGGCAGAAAGAAAGAGAGCUGUCACAGGUGACGGAGAAGGUGGUGCAACAAGAAGUUGUGAAAUAUGAAGAGGAUCCUUUAUUGAAGUCCGAGGUCAACAGUUACUCAAAGAGCAUUGAAACUGAGUUGAAACAAAAGGAUUCUCUGCAAGAUGAACUACACAACUUGCAGUGGAGGAAGUCUGAGCUUGAACGUCAGCUAGAAGGACUGGAAAAGGAGAGACAAGCUAGACGUGAAGCAGAACUAGAGAUCCAGAAGCUUAAACUUCGGCUCAAUGAGUUAGAACAAAGAGAGAUUGAGACCAAAGAGAAGGUAACAUUGAAGCAAAAAGUAGUCUUACAACAGGACCCUCAACAAGAGAAGGAACACAACCUCCUGAAACUUCAAGUGGAAGAGGAAAAACACAGGAGACAACUUCUUGAGACUGAACUGGAGGCACUAAGGAAAAAGAUUAUCACGCUGGAGAAGAUGGAGGUGAAGGAAAAAGUUGUUUUUACUGAGAAAAUUGAGGUGGAGAAAGAUCCUGAGACAGAACAGGAGAUACAAAGACUGAAGUCCAAUUUGGAUGAUGAGGUCAGACGCAGAAGAGAGCUACAGACAGAAGCUGACCAUCUCCAAUCGCAACUUUCCGAAUUGGAAUUCAGCAACUCUAAAUCCAACAAGGAGCUGGAAUACCUGAGAGAGGAGGUCCAUAAACUACAGAUGGAAAAGCAAAGUCUACAGCUGGAAACCCGCCACCUACAGUCAGAGAUUGAAAUUACCGUAAAGGAGGCUCAAGGUCUGAGAAGUUUAACUCAGGUUGACAGUAGUGUCAAACUAGAUUCCCGCUUUUCUUCCCUGGAAGAAGAGCUAAAGGAACUGAAGAAAAUAUCUCAAGAUAAAGAUGCAGAAAUUGAACAGCUUCAGAAACGCCUUGAGACCAUGCAGAUCAAGAGGGAACAGAGAGAGAAUCAUCUCCGCCGUUCCAUUGUUGUCAUUGAUCCCGACACUGGUAGGGAGAUGUCCCCAGAAGAAGCCCGCAAUAUGGGUCUGAUCGACUGGAAAAUGUUUGUCAACCUGCAGAGCCAAGAGUGUGACUGGGAAGAGACCACUAUCAAGGGGCCAAAUGGUGAUUCAUCCGUAAUCUAUGACAAGAAGUCAGGCAGGAAAUUUGACAUUGAAGAAGCUCUGAGGAAUGGGCGCAUCACCAAACGUCAGUAUGAAAGUUACCUCAACAAAGAAAUGUCCAUCCAAGAAUUUGCAGCCUUAGCUUCAGGGAAGAAGUAAAUUUGGUUACACACGUUUCGCAUGGACUGCGGAAAUGAUAUAGACAUUAAACAGAUAGACCUGCCCUUCUGACCUGAUCAUCAAUAUCAGAACUUCUUUGCUCCUGUUACUCUUUGUUGAUCCACUGCAGAGGAAAUCUUUUGCCAUAACAGUGCUGUGUUCCUUAUGGUCCCCAAGGGGGAGAAUAUGGUGGUGUCUCAUAUCCCACAACUUCUUCGACGUGGACCUAGAGUCCAAAGCUCAGUUGUCAGGUGGUAACGUUUAUUCAUCGACAGCAAGUCAAGAUAUAGAAGAUGUCACAGAGAUGUUUUGUUCUUUAAAGGUCAUUCUGGGUAACCUAUGGAGACUUUGAAAAAUUGUGAAACAUUCCCGCUUCACAUCUAUACUACUUCAUGAAAGAUCUCAAGAUGCUGCCCUGUACGAUGGCGAUGUAUUUUGUACUUUAUUCUUUAUUAUGUUAUUUUCAAACCAGAGCGUUGAAGAACGCAUUUUAUAAGGAACAUGCACUGAAUAGAUGAGUUUGUAAAAUAUAAACAAAACCACAGAGGAUUUUUUUUUUCGUGCAUAACCUUCCUUUAUGCCAUAAGUAGAGAGAUAUUCUAUAUUUAGAUAUAUAAAUUUGGUAUAUGGUUUAGAUAAGCACAUUAUUGCAUACUGUAUUGUUACAUUUCUACUGUGGUGCCAUUCUAACCCAACCCUUCCCGGUCACAUGUUCAUGGUUUCUGUAGCUUUUUCAUUUAGUUCUGAGCUGGAUUGGGGAAAUAUGUAAAAUGUAUUGUAUUUAUGGUAAAGCUAAAUAAAGAUGCGGUGGUUUUGAA